AUGUGUCUAAACUCAAGGAAGAUAAAACCAAGGAUCUCAUAGCAACUAAGAAGGAAAUAUUUGCUGAAUUGGCAGAGAGAAAUGCUAAAAAAAUGAAUAUAGUAAUGCACAAUGUUACAGAACCUGAUGAUAGCAUCAAGAAUGGGAAAGAUAGAAAAAUGGAAGACCUCACAACAAUUUCAAAGAUAGGAAAUGUGUUAGGUCUGAGGAUUGAUGCAGACAAAGAUAUAAAAUUCUCAGCCAGAAUUGGACCAAGAAAUGACUCUGAUACCCCCCGACCACUCCUGGUUGGUUUUAGAGAAAAUGCUGCCGCAACCAGGGACAAGAUGUUAUCAGAAGCUAGACAACUUCGUAAUAAUCCUGACUACUCAAACAUUGGUAUUGUCCCAGAUUUGACAAAGCAACAAAGAUCAGAAGAAUCAGACAUGUGGAAAGAAGCUGAAGUUAGAAAUAGCAACAUGGAUAAAGAGGAAUCUUUAAACUACGAAUGGAGGCUGGUUGGACCAAAAGGAGAGAAGAGACUUCUAAAACUUCCAAGACUGAAGGAAUCUCACCAACCUCAUACCCAACCUACCCGGGGUGGCAGAGGACGAGGGCGAGUAAAGACCACGAACACAUAUCAAGCUUCCAGAACCGAGUCACGGAAACGGAAAGAAACAGACAACUUGGAGGAAGAAAUUCCAUCCCAGAGGACCAGACAUUAAAGAUUGCCUACACCAAUGCUCAAAGUCUACAGAAUAAAAUUAAUGAACUCCAGGGUGUUGCAUAUGAAAUAAAACCUGAUCUUAUUAUUUUGACUGAAACCUGGUGCAAUCCUUCUAUAACUAACACCCUGCUCAACAUACCUGGAUACUUUAUAGAUCCUACCCUGAGAAUAGACCGCAGUGACACCAAUGGUGGAAGGGGUGGUGGUAUACUCAUAUAUGUAAGAAAUGGACUCACUAUUUUAUCUCAUAACCAACCAAACUCAACAUUUAACCAAUAUUGUUAUUUUACCGUAAAGUCUGCUGAUAGUGAAAUCAAUCUAUUAUGUAUCUAUAGAUCUCCAAAUUCUUUGGAUAUCAACAAUGAAAAACUAUGUGAACUUCUGAAGCUAAUUAAACCCAACACUGUAAUAAUUGGUGACUUCAAUUACCCAAAUAUAAACUGGAAAAAUCUAACCUCAGAUCAAAAGAGUGCUAGCUUUGUAGAGGCUGCACAAGACAUGCUAUUGGAACAGGUAAUUGAAUUCUCUACUCACAUUAAAGGAAACAUUUUAGACCUUAUCCUUACUAAUAUCCCAGAAAAACUCAUUAAUGUAGAAGAGAUUGGAAGACUAGGAAAAAGCGACCAUUGCCUGAUUUAUUUUGAGUUAUUGUUCAAAUGUAAUGAAACCCAUAAUCAUGAGACCUACUUCAAAUGGAAUAAGGGUGAUUAUAAUGCUAUUAACCGGGACCUUGCUCAAGUAGAUUGGAACAUAGAGUUUGAUGGAUGUGAUACCUAUGGAUCCUGGAAUAUAUUUAAAGAUAAGCUUAAUACUCUGGUCAACACCUUUAUACCAAAACAAACCAAGAAAUCCAACUCAAAACCAAGAUGGAUGACUAGAACUAUCCUAAGAAACAUUAACAAAAAAAGGAGACUUUGGAAAAGUUACAAGAUGCACAGAGACAAUGAAACUUAUAUAGAGUACAAGAAAUGCGAAAAACAAGUACAAAAUUCUAUCAGAAAUGCAAAAAGAAAUCUUGAAAAAAAAUUAGCAAAUAAUAGCAGGAACAGCAGAGCUUUUAACUCUUAUGUUAAAUCAAGAUCAAAAGACAAAUCAGGAGUUGGACCACUGAUUAAUGAUCAGGGCCAAGUCAUUUCUGAAAGUAUUGAUAUGGCUGAAAUCCUGAACAAGUCCUUCAGUACUGUGUACACUAAAGAAGAUAUACAAAACAUACCCAUAAUGAAUAGACUUCCCUGCACCUCAACCCUCGACAAUGUUACAUUUACUCCUGAAUUGAUCAAAGCCAAAAUUAAGAAGAUGAAACCAUCACCAACUCCAGGAGUGGAUGGGUUUACAGUUCCUCUCCUUCAAUCUGUAUGUGAUCAAAUUUCCAAACCUCUGUCGCUUAUUUACAACAAAUCUAUUCAGGAAAAC